GCGAGGGCAGCUGGACCGCUUGAUGGCCUUUCUAUACUAGGGUCCAGGCUCUUCCGAGUCCCCUCACUACCGUCUCCACAAGGGGAGUGUGCUUUGCCUAGCAGCAUGGAGACCGACUGUCGAAGCGAGCGUAAUAAGCAAUGCCGGGACGGGAAUUUAUCCAUCGUCUGAUGGCCGAUGAACAGAUGGCAUCUGCUCCAACUCUAAAAACGUCUAGAUCUGACAGUGAAAAUCACCCGCUGACGAAAAUCGAGAACGAGAGAAAGCAUAGCAGGGCCCAAUCAGGAGACUGCUCGUUUUUAAUUUCCGUCUUGUUUCCUUUUGCGCUGCCUUUGGCUUUGGCCUUGGGUUGGCGUGCAGCAACGAGUCAACAUGCCGCUGAGGAGAGAAAGAAAAAGCAAGCGUCAUCUGAAGACGGUGGGAUUGGGCUGGCACCUGGCACUGGCAGGUCCGAGUUUCUGAGCUGGUCUCGCUUCCUUUUCUUUCAUCUUCUUCUCGGCGCUACGUUGCUAUACCAGCCGCGUCCUUUCUCUUCGUUCUUUGACGUCGUCUUCCCGAGUUUCUGUAGAGUAUCGGCGACUUGCCUCGUACAUCCAGUCAUCCUGCUCCUACCUUUCUCCCUUCUUUUUGAGACAGACUCGCAACCCACCAACCCAGCCAUGAGCCUUGAUCACGCGUGCUAUUACGGCCGUUGUAUCCUCAGAUGCUGGGAAGGUCAACUUGUGACUGUGCCGAAUCCUGUUGAUACUUAUUGUUCUGUUGCCCCUCCUCUUACUCCUCCUCUUCCUCCUCCAACCCCUUCUAUUAUUCCUUCCUUCUUUUCCCCGCUCCUGAUCGAGGGUCGCCCCUCGAAUCUCCGUCUGGCCUCCCGUUUGCCGCUGCCAGCCAUUUACAUACAUGCAUGUAACACCCUCAUCACACUCGCCCCUCUCUCUGGUCGCUUUCCCCUCAGCUUGCAGCACUACUUCCACGCUGUGGGAUGUGCCCGUGUCAUCGUCACUUUUUGGUGUAACAGAAGGCUUGUCUUCAGCGACUUAACAGGCCAAUCUCCUCGGACCGUUCUUGAGCGGCAGGCUUGCUAAUCUCCUAAUCAUGUGUAUGUACAGAUGAGUCGGCGCAACGUGAUUGGGAAGCUUGCACAUCGUCCAAUAUGUCGUAAGUUCCAUAUUCGUUCUUCACGGGGCCUAGUGAUGCCCAAGCCCCAAAGCCUAUUAUUCACUUGUUUUUUGACUCGGUUGGGAGCGUAUAUACAUCUGUGGUAUAUAUACAUCUGUAUACUACUCUAUCGCCUUAUAUAUAUAUAUAUAUAUAUAUAUAUAUAUAACCUAUAUACGCACGCACAUACUCUUGGAAUCCUCUU